AGGAUUACCAGAAAGCAGUCUUCUCACAGCCUACACUGUAUGGAACGUGUAGGAAUGUCUCUGAAUUUUACUGCUGAAAUACAAGGUGGGAUGGGGAAAGCACAUUUAUACAACAUAAAAGAUUAGAACUCACCAUGUUCAUCACAGCAGUUUAAAUUUCAAAUCCAAGUCUUAUGGUUUUGAAGGAUAAAUAUUAAAUGAAAAAUAACUACAGAGGUUCAGUAAAAAUCCCUGGGGAUCAUAACAGAUCAGAAGCUGAAUGUGAAUCCAUGUGUACAGUUUGCAAAAAGGAAAGAAGAAGGUGGGGGAAAACACCUGAAGUGUACUACACGAGGGCUGCAUGUGACAGAAGGAGAUAGUAACAUUUGCAGGAUACUUGAUGGAAGUGACUGGAAUAAGGAAAAUAUGAAGAAACGGUGUAUAGUGAGGAAUACAGAAGAAGGGGGAAAUAACUAAAAAUGUGGAAUGGAGAAGAGCUUUGAAGUCAGUUAAAAAAAAAAGUAGGCAGCCAAGUAAGUAGUUCUGCAGAAUCUCCUCAACAUGAGACCAGUGUUGUGUGGGAAGAUUUCUGAAGAGGACGGUGCUGCCUCCCCAAAGAGGGCAGCUGUGUAUUCUGCAAACAUCUGCAUAGAGUAUUGCCAAUUAUCUAUGGUAAUGGAUCUCCAAACUCCUGCUAGUGGCAAUCAUCUUGAGCUGCGGUAUAAAGGACAGGCCCGGGCUCCCCGAUACCUCCUUCCCGGCAUCUCCGAAGCAAGCCAGGAUGACCAAGGCCCCUUUCUCCGUGGAAUGGUUGUCCCAGAGCAGCCAAGCUCUCAAGAGCACCGCCGAGGGCUCUCCACACCGAGCAUCGUCCGCGGACCACCGGCCCUGCUCCGGCCUCGGCCAGGGCGAGCGGAGCCGGGCGCAGCCCGCGGGCCCGCGGGAAGGGACAGGCGGCAGGAGCAGGGAACGCGUGGCGGCCGCUUCUGCCACAGGUACCGGGACAGCCCGGGGCUCCCGGGCGGGGGGCGGCGGCUCUGGGGCACCCCGGGCCCGGGGAGGCAGCACCGCUCGGGGCCGGAGGAGGCGGGCGGUUCCCCAGGCGGUGCCCGGGCCUGGCUGACCCUUUCCUCCUUGUUCCUGUCCCCAGGAGCGGGCGGGAGGCCAUCGGGAGCUGGGCAGCCCGUGCCGGAAGAGGGUCCCGAGUGCCCGGGCCCCGAGGAGCCCUGCGGGCGCGGCGGGCGGCGGCUGCGGACGGCGUUCAGCGCGGAGCAGAUCAGCACCCUGGAGAGCUCCUUCCAGCGGCAGCAGUACCUGGGCGCGGCCGAGCGCCGGCAGCUGGCGGGCAGGAUGCGCCUCUCCGAGGUGCAGAUCAAAACCUGGUUUCAGAACCGCCGGAUGAAGCUCAAGCGGCAGCUGCAGGAGAUGAGGACGGAGCCCUUCUGCAGCCCCGCUCUCCCUUACGGACCCCAGGGCGCUGUGGUGCCCUUGCCGCUCACAUACGUGCCCCGGCCCCCGCCUCUGCCCCGGCAAGGGGCCGCCUCUGAGGGCUUCGCUUUGGCGGCCCUGCCGGCACCCGCCCUGGACCUCAGCAGCGCCUGCAGGGCACAGCCGGUCGGCUUUUGGGCAGCGCCCUGCUUUGUAGGGUACCGGGACCCCAGAGCUUUCUUGCUGGGUGUCUGACCCUCUGGUACGAACGGUGACCGAAGAGGAUUUGCACUACUGAGAGAUAUCUGGGCUGCCCUCGUCUGUAACUGCCUGGUGGAGUUAUGAAGCAGCACAGAUCUAAACAUUUACAAAGACAUGCUGGACAAUCUGAAUUAUGGACCUCAGGCCCUUACAUCUAUAGGCAACUGUAAAAUAUAAAUGGGGUGGGACAAAUAAUAAUAUAAAUGGAACCU